GCCGGGCCGGCCGGGCAGGGAGUGCGGGUCGGUUCUGUGCGCGCUGCCGGACGAGGCUCCCGCCGCCGAUUGACCCGCGCUCCGCCCGUAGCCGGGCCGGUGAGUGCCCGCGAGCCCGUCCGUGUGCCGUGGGGGCUAAGGAGAGGGACCCCUGAGAGGGAGGGAUAACCGGAAGUGGGGACCAGAGGAGCGAGAGACCCCAGGAAAUGGGGACACCUGGGGAGGGGGUGACAGCCGGAAGUGGGGGCCUCGGAAGGUUGUCCACGGGAUGUGGGGUCUGGGGGCUCUAGGAGAGAUGGCUUCCUGACCUCCUCUUGUUGAGAGAAAGGAGUGAAAAGGAAAGUGAUGCUCCAGAAAGCGAUGGGCUUCAGGUGGGGGAGAUCUCUGGCUUCACCCUUACCAAUGGUGUCUGUAUCUCAGUCAUAUGUCCGCCUGUCAGCUCAUUCACCAGCCUGUGACUGAGCCCUGCUGAGCGCUCGGCAUUGCUGAGACCCUGGAGAGUCAACAUGAAGCUCCAGGUGGAGGGUAGAGAUUAGAAGACCAGGGUGGGGCUAGAUGCAUCCUUGCUCUGCCUCACCGGGUGUGCCCCCUUGGGCGCAUCGCUUAACCUAUAGCCUCCGCUGAUGUGUACAGACCACUGCCAUGUGCCAGGCACUGGGGGUGGCAGUGGACAUGGAAGACAAGCCCUCUGCCCUCGUGGAACUUACAUUCUAGGGGACAGUCCUUUUUGUCUUUUGUAAAAUGGGAACAGUAAUAGCGCUCUCACCAAAUACUGUGAAGAUUAAAUGAGGAAAUGGGUAAAGGGCUUAGCAAUGCUUGAUACAUGGUAAAAAUGCUCAAGUAUGCAUUCUCUUCAUUCCACUAUGAUGUAAGCUUCAUUAGGCGAGGAAUUAUAUUUGCGUCUGUGUUCCCAGUGCCUGUGAGCACAGUGCCUGACAUACAUGGUAGGUGAUCAGUAAUUAUUUGAUAAAUGAGUGGGUGGUAAAACUGACUCUGGAGAGUUCUAUGUAAAUUGGACUGUAAUUCUAAAAAAGAAAUAGGAACCCAGUUCUGUGGAAAACUGGAGGGAAUCACCCUCAGGGAGUUUGGGAAGGAUUCACAAAGGAGGUGACAUGGCAGCUGGGCCUUGAAGGCCAUGAGCUGUCGAGUUAGGAACAAAUUAGAAGAGGAAAUUCCAGGCAGAGUGUAUCAGAAGUGCACGAGUUGUUCCAAGGAUGAUGGCUCAUAGUUUGUUUUGACUGGCAUUUAAUGUGCAUCAAGAUGGGAUGAGAUGGAAAAUGAGGCUGGAGAGGGGCUUUGAGGGACCCUGGUAGCUAAUGUCAGAAGAAAGUGACUCUCUGAGAACCAGCCCUUCUGUGGCCUCACUCUCUGAAAAUGAGCUGCCGCCACCACCUGAGCCUCCGGGCUACGUGUGCUCACUGACAGAAGAACUGGUCACGAAAGCCCGGGAAGAGCUGCAGGAAAAGCCGGAAUGGAGACUUCGAGAUGUGCAGGCCCUUCGUGACAUGGUGCGGAAGGAGUACCCGAACCUGAGCACGUCCCUUGACGACGCCUUCCUGCUGCGCUUCCUCCGAGCCCGCAAGUUUGAUUACGACCGGGCCCUGCAGCUCCUCAUCAACUACCACAGCUGUAGGAGAAGCUGGCCCGAAGUCUUCAAUAACUUGAAGCCAUCAGCCUUAAAAGAUGUCCUUGCUUCUGGGUUCCUCACCGUGCUGCCCCACACUGACCCCAGGGGCUGCCAUGUCGUCUGCAUCCGCCCAGACAGAUGGAUACCGAGCAACUAUCCAAUUACCGAAAACAUCCGAGCCAUAUACUUGACCUUAGAAAAACUCAUUCAGUCUGAAGAAACCCAGGUGAAUGGAAUUGUAAUUCUUGCAGACUACAAAGGAGUGAGUUUAUCAAAAGCGUCUCACUUUGGCCCUUUUAUAGCCAAAAAGGUGAUUGGCAUCCUCCAGGAUGGUUUCCCCAUUCGGAUAAAAGCAGUCCAUGUUGUGAAUGAACCUCGAAUAUUUAAAGGCAUUUUUGCCAUCAUAAAACCAUUUCUAAAGGAGAAAAUAGCAAACAGAUUCUUCCUCCAUGGGUCUGACUUGAACUCUCUCCACGCAAACCUUCCAAGAAGCAUUCUCCCCAAGGAGUAUGGGGGCACAGCUGGGGAGCUGGACACUGCCACCUGGAACGCGGUACUGCUAGCUUCAGAAGACGAUUUUGUGAAAGAGUUCUGCCAACCUGUCCCUGCCUGUGACAGCAUCCUGGGCCAGACACUGCUGCCUGAGGGCCUGGCCUCAGAUGCACAGUGUGACGACUCCUUGCGAGCUGCGAAGUCACAGCUGUACUCCUGCUACUAGCCCGUCCCCCAGGGUCACCAUCUUUAAUUCUUUUCCUUCUUUUCUUUGGAGAGGCACAAGGAGAAUUUAAGGGGCCAAGGAUUCAGUCUUGCUCCUUGUAAUUAAACUGCAGGAUGGAGGAACAGCCCAUGAGAUAUGAGGGUAAGCCUUUGGUUACUUGAAUUACUCCAUGGAAGACAUGGAAAAUGUCCCCACUGAUUCUUAAACAUUUGGAAUCCCAGUCUGCAACUAUUAAUCUGUAGGCUGUAUCUGUUUUGUUCUGCUUUUUGGUUGGGGGGUGGUGAUCUGGUUCUUACACAUCUUGGAAGCAAGAAAAAUCAGGACCAGAGUCACUUUGAUCCCACUUUUCCAGGAGAAAAACAACCUGUUUGGCCAGUAAGAACUACUUGUAUGAAAUAAUUUGGCCAAACCUGCAGUGUGACCAGACGUGAGACUGGGAGUUUGUGUUUUUCACAGGAACCCUAAGUACAGACCUCUGCUGCUCAUCAGGAAACUUACUGGAGAUCAAGGCCCCAGCUGCUGCCACUGGAUUUGGAAAGCACCUUAACUGAAUCAUGCAAGCAUCAGGACAUAAGCAGCACUUUGUGGUCAAAUGUGGAAGCCGGAGACUUCAAAGCACCUCUGGGACCCAUUGGUUGAAGCUUGCAAUAGAAACUUAAGUUUUCCCAAAUCCAUAAAGCCUUAGCCCUGGUUCUCAAUAGAAUCAUACAGGGACCUAGCAGGAAAUGAUUUUACUCAACCUAAAAUGCUGGAUUCCAGGCCUGUGUAGCUACAAGAAUUCUGGCCUGGAUCCCAGGUAUGCAACUAUGGACAAGACAUGGGCCUCUGUAGGCCUCAACCUUCUCUAUAAAAUAAGGUGGGAUGAAAUGUCAGCUAGGGCCGUUUUGGCUGCUGAGGCUGUGGGAUUUGGUUUAGUUACUGAAUGUUAGAUUUUCUGCCUAGAAAGAUAUCUAGAUACAAGUGGUUGGAUCCUGUUUUUGUUUGUGGUACACAUGUCUUUCCAAGAGAGAUGUGUCAGUAAUUAGCUCUGCCUUUAAAGAAACUGUUAGGUGUA